AUGCGUUCCUUCAUCAUCGUCUCCGCGCUCUCCGCGCUCCUGGUCUCGGCCCAGAACUCCUCUUUCUCAAUUGACCCCACCGAGGUCACCCUCUCUGAGAGAGCUCAGUGGUGCAGCGCCCAAAGCUCGACCUGCAACACCCUCUGCGAUUCGAACCCUCAGGACAACAGUUGUGAUGUUGACACUCUCGACUUCCUCUGCAACUGCCAGAAUGGAAGCGCUCCUGGUCUGCAGUACUACACUCAGACUAUGGAUACUUUCGUCUGCCAGAGGGCAUUCCAGGACUGCAACGAGGCCAACGUUGGCAAUGCCAAGGGCCAGGAGAAUUGCACCACCAGCAUCCAGGAUAACUGCGGUACCCUAGACCCGGCCGACUACAGCGCGACACCCUCCGCGACCGAGUCGUCGUCGUCAGAGACGGCCUCCGCCACCUCUGGUGGCUCCAGCUCCACCGCGUCGUCGGGUAGUGCUUCCAGCUCGUCCUCGCAGGCUGCUGCCCCGACCAACAUCCAGCACCUGGGUACUGGUGCUCUCGCCGCUGGUAUGGGCGUCCUCGCCUACCUGUUGUAG